GCCAAUGACACUUAUAAACCACAACUCGGUUAUGGUCAAGUUUAGUUUACCGGCGGUUAACCAUUCACCACGUAAUUAUAAUCACAUAAAAGCAAAAAUGACCGGUCCUGUGAUUGCUGGUGUUACGAAAAGUGAGUGUUUGUGCGAACCGGAAGAAAUUAAUUUCGCUCAAAAUGCCGACGAAGACGCUCAUAUAACAGUCCCUGAAUGGCGCCUCCACAAGGUCCAAUCCCCCAUCGAGCUCAAACACGACGAGACCAACGAAUACGACCACUUCGAGCCUUUGGAAUUCCACGGGCAUUGGGAUCAAGGGGGCGAAGCCACUUUGAAUAACAACGGGUUCACAGCAACUCUCCGGUUCCAAAACCGCGAAAUGCCGGUCUUGGUCGGGGGCCCUUUACACGAGGACCAAUACAUAUUCGAACAAUUGCAUUUCCAUUGGAGUGAUGAUGAUCACAGCGGAUGUGAACAUAUAUUCGAAGGCCAAGUGUUCUCGAUGGAGGCACAUGCUGUGCAUUACAAUAAAAAGUAUGGGGAUUUUAAAAACGCAGCUGAUAAGCAUGAUGGAUUGGCCGUUGUGGCGUUUUUUCUUAAAGCGACAGAUGAUGACGAACAUCCUUGUUUUAAUAAAAUGACAGAAGCGGUGAAAAAAAUUGAUAAAAUCAACUCGACGACCAGUCUUCCCAGUGACUGUUUGACUUGGAUCAGAGAAGCGGCCCAGUGCAAGGGCUAUUACACUUAUCAAGGGUCUCUGACAACAGAACCAUACACCGAAAGUGUCACUUGGAUUAUUUAUCCGACUCCUAUUCACGUCUCACGUGAACAAGUUUCAGAGUUCAGGAAAAUGAAAUCGACCCCUUGUGAAAGACACAACAUUGUCAGAAAUGUCCGGCCGAUUCAAACGCCUCCGGCUCAUAAAAAACUCGACGUCAUUUAUGCAAGAUCACACAAAAUGAGCGAAUAGUAUCAGUAUUAUUACAUAACUUUUGUAACAUUAUGUUUAUGUAACCAAAUUAUUAUGCAAAUAAACCUAUUUUCAGUCGAC